UUACCGGUUGCUUUAUUAAAAAUAGGUACUUGCCUCUCUUUUCUCUCCAUGACUGAAAAGGACUCAGAUUUGCUUACGAAUGCAGUGUGCUACCAUACGACUCAUUUAUUACAUCUGUUUACUCAUUAUGAGGACUAAACAGGCACUUCUGGUGGAGGCACAGCUGUUAUGCCACUGAUUAAGACCUGAGUGUAUAUUCCUGUUAUUCCAACAAUCAUACAUUAGGCAGUAUCCAGCUACAUUGAAACCAGCUGUGUGUUUUUUAGUCAAGGUGGUGCACCUGCUCUCGUCAGCUCCGCCUCCUCCCCAUCACCCCCACCCUUCCUCCUUGACUACAGUACCCAGAGCGCAUCGCGCCUCUCUCCACUCGCUCUGUGCUGCGCCAGUAAGUCCGCCCCGCUGACUCGCAGAACCAGUUGGUUUGGCCCAGCGUCUUCUUUUCCUGCCUCCUCACUGUGUGUGUACUGCUGCUGCCGCCGCCGCUGCUGUUGUUGCCUGGUGUCAACCUACGCCAACGAGAGAAAAAGAAGACAUAUCCCUCCCUCUCUCACUCCUCCACUGUGAGACGGCCUUGACUUUUUUCCUCCACCUCCUCCUCCUCCUCGCCGGCACCACUGGCUUCCGUGCCGUGCCAGUCAACUCGCCUCCUUCCCCGGCUCGAGUUCAGCAGCAACAAGCUCGGAAACAUCUGGCCGCCGCAGAGUGCUACACUCCCCCUGUUCCUGCAAAGCGCCCGCUCGACCUGGCAGCCUGCUAUGGAAAUUAGUCCAAAGUCAACCUAGUUUGGUCUCCGAAGGGAAGGAAAAGAAGAAGCAGAAGAAGACGGGGGGAAUUGACGGAGGAGGACCUUGUUGUCUGUUAUGAGGACGGCAGGAUGGAGUUCCCAGACCACAGCAGACAUCUACUCCAGUGUCUGAGCGAGCAGCGGCACCAGGGCUUCCUGUGCGACUCCAUGGUGCUGGUGGGCGAUGCCCAGUUCCGCGCCCACCGCGCCGUGCUGGCCUCCUGCAGCAUGUACUUCCACCUGUUCUACAAGGACCAGCUGGACAAGCGAGACGUGGUGCAUCUCAACAGCGACAUCGUGACGGCGCCGGCCUUCUCCCUGCUGCUGGAGUUCAUGUACGAGGGCAAGCUGCAGUUCCAGGACCUUCCCGUGGAGGACGUGCUGGCGGCGGCCAGCUACUUGCACAUGUACGACAUCGUGAAGGUGUGCAAGAAGCGCUUGAAGCAGAAGGCCACGGCGGAGGCGGACAGCACACGCAGGGAGGAUGACGGCGGCUCCAGCUGCUCCGACAAGGCCGACAGUUUGUCUGACGGGUCGACGGGGCAGCCCGCAACGGCCGACCUGCUACACAGUGACGAAGAGGAGGAGGGGAAGGCCGAGGGAAGCCAGCUGUGGCUGCGGUUGCCGUCGGCAGACAGACCAGGGACGCCGGGCGGGGCUGCGGCCAGUCCGGGGCAUGGAGAGGCGGCGAGCCAGUCAGGUGAAGGCCUGGGAGAGGGGAGCAAGGCGCUGUCGCCCGCCGGCAGCCCCAGCAGCUCCACUGGGUCGCUCUCCCAGAGAUCCCACCGCUCCAUCAGCUCCCGCGCCGGCCACAGGGGCAGGAGAGUGUCGAACGACGCGGCCGACUGCGUCCUGGACCUGUCGGUGAAGCCCAUUGCCGUUAGCAACCACCAUCAGUCUUACUUCAGUGGUGCGGCUACGCCGGACAGUCUGCAGAGCCCGCUGGCGGUGAGGGUGAAGGUAGAGAGGGGGGUGGCCUCCGACGAAGACGAGGAACUGGGCGGGGGUGACUACAACAUGGAGCACAGCGGCCUCGGUAAGACGCAGGUUCCCAGCGCCAACGGAUGCCUGAGCCACCACGGUGUGGGCGGGCCCUUGUCGGCCCAGAGGCGGCUGGGUCUGGAGGCCCACCUGUCGGCGCUGCGCGAGGCAUCUCUGGCGUCGGAGUUGGAGAGGGACGAGAAGCCCCCGGCCUCGGCUGCUGCCAACGAGGACAUCCUGGGGGGGGAGAACGAGCACGCCCAGGCCGAAGCGGCCAGCAUGGACAACUCGCUGCUGCCUUACGUCUCCAACAUGCUGUCAGCCCAGCACACCCAGAUCUUCAUGUGCCCGCUGUGCAACAAGGUGUUCCCCUCGCCGCACAUCCUGCAGCUCCACCUCAGCUCCCACUUCAGGGAGCAGGAGGGCAUCCGCUCCAAGCCCGCCGGGGACGUCAACGUGCCCACCUGCACCAUCUGCAGCAAGACCUUCUCCUGCAUGUACACGCUGAAGCGCCACGAGCGGACGCACUCGGGUGAGAAGCCCUACACCUGCACCACCUGCGGCAAGAGCUUCCAGUACUCUCACAACCUCAGCCGCCACGCGGUAGUGCACACCCGCGAGAAGCCGCACGCGUGCAAGUGGUGCGAGCGGCGCUUCACGCAGUCCGGGGACCUCUACCGACACAUCCGCAAGUUCCACUGCGAACUGGUGAACUCGCUGUCGGUGAAGAGCGAGCCGCUGGCGCUGCCCAAUGUCAGGGAUUGGGCGAUCGAGGACAGCUCCCAGGAGUUAUGGAAGUAGAGUCUGAUUGUCGGGUUUGAGAGGCUUGGGGAGGUGAGAGGAAGGUGGCAGAGUUAAGCGGUCGGGGGUUUAAGUGAGUCAUGUUCUUAUUCGUUGCGACAUCUCAUUCAACCGCACUUUAAUAGCACAUGAAAAUGUUACUACUGACUUAUUUUUACCGUCUGUUUGGGGGUUUAUGUUUUAUUUUAUUUUGAAGUCCCAUAACGAUUUGGCGUUAGUUCUCUUCUGUUGUUUUUUUGUGUGUGUGCGUGUGUGUGUGUGUGUGUGUGCGCGUGUGCAUGCAUGCGUGUGUGUGUGUGUGUGUGUGUGUGGCGUCUGAGGACACGGCUCCCUCCCUAAGUGUCUUUUUUUUUAAUUCUUUAUUAUUAUUAUUAUUAUUAUUUUGUUGUUUUUGGAAGAAAUUUCUGCGUGUGUCUAUGUUUCACCCCAGAUACGACACUCCCAUCGCCGGCCUCACCGGUUCCACAGGCAACAGGAGUUCAUGUCGAACACACUGAAACACACUAAAAAAAAAACGGGUACUGUGAGGCCGCCGCGCACGCCGCCGUCUGAAUACGUAUGCGUGCGCGCGUUUGAUUCUGCACUACUCCGGCAAAAGCAAGCAAACGACGGCAACAAUAAAAAAAAAAAGCAAACAAAUAAAUCAGAAAUCACCAAUCAUGUGUGAGCGUGCGUGUGUGCGUUUUUGUGUGUGUUAAAUUAGAUUUUCCUCCUGGCAUGAAGGUGUCGUUGGCGAGCGCUCCCCACUUCUCUCGUUAAGCUCUUUGGUGUUGUGUUGGUGUGUUCAGGGGAAAGCUGACUGACUGACUGACUGACUGAUGGCACUCAUGCAAUGCACAGCCUCCUUUUUUCACUUCCAAUCAAUCUGAAGUAUUUUCUAAAAAUGAGAAGACCUUUACAAAUAUUAUUAUUAUUAUUAUUAUUGAUAGAUUUCUUUUUCUUGAAACUAGCUGGCAGUCUUUAAAACAUCUCUUGUUGUAAAUGUAUUUAAUUUAAGGUUGUUGUAUAUUGUUCUGCUAUAGUUUAAAGAUUUUAAUCCCUUUUUUUUUAACUUAAUGAUUAUUAUUAUUAAUAUUAUUUUUUUGUUACUUUUUUUGUAAUGGGACCUGCUGUUGUUGCAUGAUGUCCAAACCUGUAUAUUUUAAAAAUGAAAAUGUGAAUCUGCUGUAUAACUGUACACAUUGUAAUUGAACAAAUAUUUGACAACAGGCUUUUUUUUUCUUUUUUUUUUGUCGUUUUCUUUUCCCUCUUUUUCUUUGUGAAUACUACUCCAGGGUGCGGUCUGUUUUUAAAAAUGAAAAACUGAAUAUCACUCUCUCGAUUUUGAGGGGGGAGGAAAAAAAAAUGCAUGGAAAUUUGAUUUGGUCUUAAACUUUUAGGUUGUUUUUGCAUCGGAACACGGGGGAAGGUGGAGGGAAGAUGUUCGAAUGGUAAAUUUGUUGGUGAAAAGUUUUUAGCAGAGAGGCGACCUGAUGAAGCAUUUUAAGCACUGAUUUGUCUGCUGUGUGUGUGUGUGUGUGUGCGCGUGUGUGUGUGUGAGAGAGAGAGACCUGGUCUGUACCAGUUGAUCGAACCUACUGAAGCUCUACAUCCACCCAGCACUUCUUCGUCCCCCCUGCUCCUCCUCAGGCAUCAAAUGUCCCCACUGCUUUGCUUUCCCUCCUCUUUUGUCUUCUUCUGCUUC